ACCCCCUUCCCAUGGGUGUUUGACAGCUGCUCUGGGACAGAGACCAGCUCUAAUCUACAACCCCAUGUCCUGACCCCCUGCCCAGACUCAGAGAGAACUCCAGGGUAAUCUCAGACUCUCAUGUUUUCCCAAAUUACAUCGUUUCUCUAAUGCUGUCACUGUGUUUUCCUUUUAGAGAGAAAAUCCAAGAAGGGAGAUUAUGUGACAGCAGCAGCACAGGGACCUCCAUUUUCUCCAGAGUCUCACCCUGUCUAAGAGCUGCCGUGUCUUUGCUCGACCUCAACCAACCCAGGCCACUGGUGUUUAAGUGAAUCCAUGGCAACAGAGGAUCCAGCUACAUUCCAAGCAUCCUCAUGAAGUAAAGAACCUUGGUGAAGGGCAUGGCAACUCCAAGGAAGGCAGGGAUCCCAUUAGGUGUCAUGAAGGUGUUAGAUCCACGCCAGCUAAAGCCUGAUAGCACGGAGACAGAAAGAAUCCUAACUGUCUUAGAUGAGACCAUUGUCAAGCUGGAGAUCACCAGGUUGAUCCCACGGAUUACUAGCUCCCUGGACAGGUAUGCAAGGAUGCUGGGACCUGAGAUCACAAGCAGCCUUUUGGAGCAUCAGAAGCUUUCAAUGGAAAUACAGCACCUGCUCACCAGCCCUGGAAAUGCGAAGAGCCUGAGAGCUGCGGAGCAACGCCUGAAAUGCUCCCUGAGAAACAUCCUGAGGCUCUUCCUGGCCAACCCCUUGCUUUACCACGGGCUGAAAUUCGAAGUUCGGGUGAGAGAGUCACCAGUUGAUGUGUUCAUCAAAGCCUUCAUGGAGUUCCGGGACCUCACGCUUGAGAGGCUCCUGACCACUCCUGAUGAGGAGAGGGAAAUGAUUCAAUUUAUGAAAGACAUUUCCCUCCUGGUUGAAAAAAACACAGAAAUUAUCUCAGCUCUACAGGGAGAGCUGGAAGGAGUCAUCCAGACUCGAGAUGAAGAGGUUAGCAGGAAGGACAAAACAAUCGAAAACCUCAAAACCACCAUGGAAGAUCUGGCCAAGAACUGCAAGGCUGACAUCCGGCUGAUCAUGAAGGAAGGGGAAAAGCAGAAAAAAGAGGAUGAGGAAGCCUCCCAGGAGAGGUGUGCCAGGAUGAAGCAGGACAUUCAGCGCCUGGGAACACAGUUCAAUGCACUGGUGCUGGAGCACCGAGCCUCAGAGCUGGUUCUCAGGAAGGAAAAGUGCAAAGCAGAGAAGGAAAUUCAGAUAUGGGUCCAGAAAUACGACACGGACAUGACAGAAAAACAGACCACAUAUGAUGAGCUCCAGACUGUCUACAACGAGGAGAAGGAGCAGUUGUCCCUGCUGAUGGAGAAACACGCCAUGCUGCUCCAGGAGUACACCCAGAUUGAGGAGGAGCGCAGGAUGCUCAAGGAGAAGGAGGAGGAAGCUGCACGGGAAGAGGCCAGGAGGAACAAAGCUGCCACCUGCAUCCAGGCCUUCUGGAAAGGCUAUUUGGUGCGGUCCAUCUACAAGUCAAUACUGAAGAAGGGAAAGGGCAAGGGCAAAGGCAAGAAAUAAAGCCCUAAAUCCAUUUUCUCUCCCUCGCAAAGCUGCUGUGUCUGAGCUCUUCCAGAUAAAGGCAUUGACAAUUGUUAAGGUUGGAAAAAGACUUUUAAGAUC